CAAGGUUAGAACUCAAUCAUAUCAUGUCUCAUUUGUUAUCCGAAAGGGCAGCCAAAAGAACAGUUAGCAGUUUCAUCAGCGGUGACAGUGUUCCUCCUCCUGAAGGUUAUAAACCCCACCCCAAUACCCUUCCGCUCCACUGGGGUAUGCCUAAUGAAGGGUUCUUCCCGGUUGAUUCAAUUGAACUCAACAUUAUUGAUUAUCCUUUUCAAAAAUCUUUAGCUUUGCCUGUGACUAAUGCUUCAUUAGAAUCACUUCAGCCAACACUGUCUGCCAGCCUAAAUGAAUCUCGGCUUACAAAUGGACAUUCUGCUACAACUCUGUCCGUGGAUGAUUCUUUGAGAAAGCUUAAGAUCAAUAAGGAAAAUUCAAAAGUUGUAAUUUCUAAGUAUUCCGAUAACAAGUAUAUUGAUCUUGCUCAUGGGUUACAAUAUAGUGAAAAUGCAGGACUUCCCCAGCUUCUUAAAUUCACCGAAGACUUUAUCCAUCGCGUUCACAAGCCGGCUUAUGAAGAGUGGAGUACUAUUAUUACUUCUGGGGCAGGUGACGGUUUGAACAAAGCUGCCGAAGUCUUAUUAGAUGAUGGAGAUAUUAUCUUGGUUGAGGAAUUUACAUUUACUCCAUUUUUGAAAAAUAUUGAACAAGCUGGUGGAAUAGCUGUUCCAAUUAAGAUGGACCUCUCUACAGAACCCGAUAAGAGCCAAGGUAUUGAUUUAGGAUACCUCACCGAUUUAUUAGAGAACUGGGACGAGAGAAUACCUGAAUAUAAAGGUAAAAAACCAAAAGCUUUGUAUACAAUUCCUACAGGACAAAAUCCAACUGGUUUAACCCAAACUUUAGAAUUCCGUAAAAAGAUUUAUGCAUUAGCAGAGAAAUAUGAUUUUGCAAUCAUUGAAGAUGAUCCUUAUGGAUAUUUAACUUUACCCCCAUACCAAAAGCCACAAGGUUUUGUUAAAUUAGACGAGUUAUUGACCAUUGAUGAAUACCUCAAAAAUCAUUUAACUCCCUCCUACGUGACUAUAGACACUAGUGGUCGUGUGAUUAGAGUUGAAACUUUCUCCAAACUAUUUGCACCUGGUUUAAGACUUGGAUUCGUAGUGGCCCAUAAAAAGUUCAUCAAAGCAAUUGAUAACUAUGCGGCUGUGGUCACUCGUCAACCUUCUGGUCUUGCCCAGAUAGUUCUUCAAAAUACCAUUGAGCAAAAAUUUGGAGGAGUUGACGGUUUCAUCAAUUGGUUUUUGAAAUUAAGAGUUAGCUAUAUCCAUAGAAGAAAUGUCUUACUUAACCAAAUUUACGAAUCCAAAGCUUAUAAAGACAAAUUAAUUGAGGUUAUAGAUCCAAGAGCGGGAAUGUUUGCUAGUCUUGUUAUUAACUUUCCCCCAGGUACAAAUGUCUACGAAAAAAUCUUCUUGCUAAACUGGAAAUUUUCCCAUUAUGGUGUUGGUGUUGUUCCUGGGUUCAACUUAGCAGUAGAUAAGGGAAACAAGAACGUAAACUUUUUUAGAUUAACUUAUGCCCCCUCGCCCAACGACGACUUGAUCAUUGAAGCGGCAAAUAGAUUAACCAAUGCGGUAUCUGAUUUUUUUGCCAAAAAUUUAGAAUUCUAAGUAUUUUGAAUAUACAAAAAGGC